GCCUCUGGGGCCCAGGGUCUUUCUAUAGCUGAUGAGCUACAUAUGAAAAAGGAAAAGAAAGAAGAGGGUUUGGUUGAGUUGGUGAAGGUAAGUGUUAGAUGUUUGCUCACAACAGAAAGAGGAAAGCUGAAAUGGUUAAGCCUUGGAAAAAGUCAGAGAAAGAUGGAGCUGUAGUGUGGCAUUUCAUGUAAUUCAUUGCGGUGGAUGAAGGGAAUGGAAGCUGGCUGGUUGUGUUAGGUCAGGAAGGGCAUAGAAAUGGGCAUGAGAGCAGCACUGCAAAAGGACUGAUGUCUUUGGAGGGCAUCCCUCUGCUCAGGCUGGCGUAAUGAGGCUGGGAUGACGCUGCUGCUUUGAAUGGUUGCUUUGCUGUCCUUAGUGCUGCUCUUUGGGCACGGGGCAGCUUCCAUCUGCUCUACUGCAGCUGAGCAGUCGUUCCAUGCCUAACACAGGGCCUUUGCUGCAGCUCACGGUAAUUUGGGGAUGUCCGCAGUGAGGCAGUCAGCUCUGAAGUGAGACAGGUCAGGGGGCGGUAAGUGGGUAAACAGGAUGUUUUUAGCAUCGACUGUUCCUAAUAAAACUUCUGAUCUGCAAAGGAGGAACUGUAAUCGCCUCCAGCAUGUUCAGAGCAAUGUUUCUGCUAUAAGCAAUGGGUUUUUUUAUGUUUAUUGUCAACUUAUGUUCAAACAGAGAAAGAGCUGCUUGCAAACACUUCAUAAGCUGCCUCAUAGCGGAGGGCUCUGCUGGAAAUGCCCGCUGUGUGGCAGCUGCACUGGCAGGCAGAAGCGCAGUUCCCAUCACGUCGCACCCCUUGCACAGCCAUAAGCCGAACAAAUGAUCCAAGGCUGGGCCUUGCUCUCCUGCUCUCUGUUUCAGUGCUGGUUCUGGAGAGCUCUCCAUGCCUGGAUUUCUUCUGGGAGCUGUUCUGGAUGGCGCACGCAAUUAUUUUUGCACCGCUGUCGUGAAUGAAGUGCAAACAUCACUGCGCAGACUGGUGCAGCAGCCAGCUAUCUUGACAAGGCAAGGUUUCCUCUGAAAGCCUGAUAACAAAGUUUCCCAUCCCAGACGUGCAGAUACGGAUGAUUUACAAAGCAGAUGAUUAUUUUAUCAUUCUCAUGAUAGAAGAGUUACCAUCCGGGUAGGAGCGAGCUGGAUGCAGCUCGCAGGUUGCAGCAUCGUGCCAGCUAAUCUCAGUACAACAACAUUUCCCUGUACAGAAUCAUUUGUGUGUGUGGAGGGCCUGGUGCAGCUGCUCUGUUCUGUUAGCAGUUGUAGGACGUGUGCUGUGCUGGCUGUUGCUCUCUGGUGGCUAUAAAUAACGGGGCUGCUGUGUGUCCUAUUCUUAGAGCAGGAUACACAUCUCCUGUGCUGAGACAGGGCUUGGAGCCAGCAGAGUUAUCUAUGAAUCUCAUUCAUAAGCCCUCCUUAUUAGUUUCAAGUGGAAAAAAAAAAACAAAACAAAAAAAAACAAAAAACAGAAGUAAAAGAUCACAAGCUACUGCUUCGGGUUGGCUUUUGUUUCUGUAGGAGUGCGAUGGAACAGUGCCAGCUGUUUGCACCCUGCCCUGUGCAAUACACGUGGGUUUGUUCCUACAGCGUUGGAUGGCAGUGGCUCUUGGUUGGCUCUCAUUUCCAUCUCCUCGUUGCCCUUUCUGAGGCUCUGCCUCCCUCCUGCUCCCAUUGACAUCCAGCACAACCGCAGUGAUCCCAAAGCACUUUGCUUUGCUGGCGUGGGACGUGUGGGGGGCAUCAGCCCAAUGUGGCCUUCGAUGGCUCCAGCUCUUUGCAUGGCUGUUGCUGCGCAGUCUUUGCUAUCGGAGCCUCUUCCUCUGCCUGCAGCCCAUAAAAACGAGCCGCUUCUGCUUCUGCGGGAGCUGAGCUCGUGCGAACCGGAGCGGGGCUGACCGGCGGAUGUUGGGGUUAAUGAUUCAGAUGGGGGCAGGAAACCAGCAGCUGGCUAACGAUCCCCGGAGGAGCCACCUCCAGCACCCACACGAGGAGAUGGGACAGGAGGGGCCGGCCGGCUGCGGUGAGGUGGGCCGGGCUGAGCGCCGCGUGGGGUCCUGCAGAGGCCUGGGGAUGGGCCGGUUUUCCCCCUCCCCGUGGCGGUGAGCUCACAGAUCCCAGACUGGAUCUGGGUGGCUGCUUUGAUGAGCGUUCGAGGUCAUCCCUGCAAACUCUUCCCGAAGAGCUCCGUGCUGGAUGCUGCUCUGCUGCUGCUGCUCACAUCCAUCGUCUGCUGAGCUUCAAGCAGUGGAUAAGUGCCUCCUGCUUGUCGUAAAGGACUCCAUCGCCUCCCAUCAGUUCCUUUCUGACACAGAUGCUGGAUGAGGCCAGGCCAUGGCACAGCCAGAGCUGCUGUGGGCAGCCGCUGCGCUGAUGCUGCUUGGGGUGGCUGUGAGUGCCUGCGUCAGGUGCCAGCUCUAUGCUACAAAGCGAGGAAAGGACAGCAACCAGAGGAGUCAGCUGGAACGCCCGCAGCGAUUUGAGGUGAUUCGGUCCUACUCUGCUGUGACCCAAAGGCGAGAACGGAUCAAGGAACCCAAAAACUUGGCGAGGAAAGCCCCCGAGGAGCUCAGCACCUCCUGUCACGUUGGCUUUGAGAGCAGUGCUGAGCCCCGCUACCAGAACUUCCUGACAGAGGACUGCCUACAUGGGGAUGCUGCCUACGUGGAGCCUAUCCCACUGGAUUACUACAGCCACAACAGAUUCUUCUCCCCACCCAAGGAUGAGGACUCACAUUCCUACCAGAACGUCGUCAUUAGUGAUCCUUGCAGCUCUGAGCUGGAUGAUGCAGAAGACUACGAGAACAGCGCAGCAAUAGAAGUCUGGAAGGUGCAUCAAGCAGAAGCCACGCUGUAUGCAGAGAGCAAGGAUGAGGAGCCAGACUACGUUAACACAGACCCAACGAUAGAUGCUGUCCUGCUGUCAAAGUGAAGGAGCCACAAGACUCACUGUUUCCCGCUCUGAUUUCAAGUGUUCUGCAUGAAGUCUGAAGAAGCCCUUUGCCGAGCUGCACAAGCCCACCCAGCCAGCACGUACAUCGGGCAAGAGGCGUUUUCCAUCCCUCAGUCACAUCUUUUCCCCAUUGUGCCUGAGAUCACACGGGACAGGUGUCAUUGAAAAGAAGAGAUGCUCUGCUUGAAGCCCUGACAUCCAACAGCAAGGAUGCGACCGGAGGAAUUUCUGCCCAGCAGCAAAGCCUGCCCAGCAGCAGCACCCAUGGACAUGCUGUGAACUCCUGGUCCCGUCUCCCUUCCAGGCCUGCGUGCUGGAGGGAACACGGCUGCUCUGUGCAAUGCUGUCUCCUGCCAAGCGUGAAAUGAUUCUUUAAAUUGCCGAGCUGCAGUGCAGCCAACUACUUAAUUUGUCAGGCUGACUCAUGCACGGCGGUAUUCAAAGGCAGGGAUUAGGUUUUGAUUUAGUUCCUACGCUCUCCUCCAGAAGCUGUUUCCUACAGGAGAGGAACUGGCAAGGCAGAGGUUGCUUUUACAGCAGCAGUGCUUUUCUGGAGCUCAAUGAGAUACCAGACUGUUACAAAAGCUAAGGACUAAAGAGGAUUAAGCCCUCAUCUGCAGCUUGUAAUUCGCAGUGUCUGUGGCAGUUCUCCUUGUCUUUCCUUAUCUGCUUUAUAACGAUACAAAGACGCUGCAACGACUGAUGAGGUUUGAUCCACAGUUGUCAGCCUCACAAAUUGCAGCUCUGUUUGAGAUUUGGAACAUCAGUCCUGAAGUGUAACCUCUUGGGCCCUCGUGCAUUGGUCUGGCACCAUCUUAGCACUUAUUUAUUAAAAUUGAAAAGCCCUCAAAGAAAAUCCAGGUUUUUCUAUAGUGGUUUGCUGCAAUGUGGGUGCUGUAUCUCUGAUGAAGUGACACAGGCUGACUUGAAAGCAUGUGUAGAAGUGACCCAGGGUGAUGUGUGGGAUCCUGCUGGGAGAAAACAUUGCUCCAUGCAGCCUUAUUCCUUAGAACCGUCUCAGAACUGCGCUUCAAGAAGGGACACAGCCCACAGCACACAUCUCUGGGGCUGGUCAGAAUGUGCAGAGAAGUGGAGGUAAGGGUGAGAGCCCUGGAGUGGGAGAAGAGGAUGUCAGGUGCUUCCUGCUGUUCGUGCUCAGCUCUAUUUUCAGCAGAAUUGCUGUGAGUGUGGGGCCACUCUUUGUGUAGCUGCAGCAGCAGGUGGUUUGGUGUUUGGCUUGGGAAAUGUACUUGUAGCUGCUACAAAUGCAUGCAUUCCUGCUCCCACGGGACUCUAGGGACAGAGGAUGCAGUGCACGAUGUGCCUGUGCAGCUACAGCAGCCUGCCUUUCUGCCUGCCCCAACCCUUCCCUUCAGCUUUUGCUCACGCUCUGGUUUCUGAUGUUUAAAUGCUGAAACUUUGCACAAGUAAGGGACACAGCCUCAUGGAGCAGACAUGCUGGCUCUACACAGGCUCAUGGACAGCCAAGGAAAUGAGGAGAUGCCUUUGCUACUGAAACAGAGCACCUGGCCCAUGAAAUUGCCAUUGCUGGUGGCUUCUCUGAAGAAGCUCUCACGUUUCACCAAUUGCUGCAGACCACAGAUUUUUCAGGAUCUGCUAGAGGAAAAGGGUGAGCUGCAUUCUCAGUGAUGUGCCAGGAUGCUGCACCCACUUGUGGCUCAUCUCAUUCCCAGAGGGAGACAUUAAAUGCUUGGAGUGUGAUUAGCAGCAGUUAAAAGAUUCUUGGCAUGCAGUGGUAGAUUCAAAGACCUCCUGGGAUGUUCUGUCCAAUAGGUGAAUGUGCUGCCAAAAGAUUAAAAUGCAAGAUUUACUGCUCACCUUGCUAAGCAGGGAGGGGGAUUAGAGGAAUUACAUUUUCCUGCAAUGAGGUUCCUUCAUUGCCAGAAUCUGAAAGCUGCCGAGUGUCAGCAGGCAGAGCAAUAGAUUUGGUGUGCAUUCCCUCACCUUUGUGGGAGUCCGAGCAAAUUGCCCUCCUUCCAAUCUCCAGAGCAGCCAGCUGCAGAGAGCAGCAAAUCCUUCCUUAGGGUUGUAAAGCUCCUGAAGUGCUUUUCAGCCAGUGAUCUCAUUGUGCUGGAAGAUAUCCAGGCACUGCUGAGGGAAACUUCGUCGAUGUUUUUAGUCUUGUUCUGAAACGUGAGCUUUCUCUUUGCAGCAGGUGGGUACACACACGUGUUCACUGGUUAACUGUCCUUUCAGAACUCAUUUUCAGGUAUGUAAGGAUUUCUGGUGCUAAACCCAAACUGUCAGAUCGUUGUGCUGCCUGACAGUAAUUCAAAGGGCGCUGACAUCUCCCUUGGGUACACGUAGCUCUUUUUCCUCACAUCAGGGAGACAGCCAAGUGAGCAAUUUUCUUCCUGGUUUCAAUGUUAGAAGACACAUUAGAAACGUAGUUUUGGCCCAGCCACUAUGGCUAAUGGAGCUGGGAAGCUUUACCUAGCUACCAGAAAGCAGCAGCUCUGCACUUACAGGGAGCAAUCAGAUUUGGCACAAGAGGCUGAUGGCCUUUCUGACACUGUUCCUCUUCUAAGUGAAGGUGAGUAUAACUAAAUCCCCCCAGUGCUGUGGAGUAUUAAUUUGUAAGUGAACUGGCUCCAAAGUGGAGCUGAAAGGCACCGAGUGAAUGUGCUGAAAAGAAAGCUGCUCACCAGACAGAAACAGCACCUGUGAUCCUCUGAGUUUGUCACUCCUGUGCUGGCACCACCAGAGCAAACUGCUUAGACAAGGGAAUAUUAGCCUACUGUCUAAAUAACGUGCUUUAUUUAAGCUCUUGUGGACAAAAGCUGUGAUGCAGUGUCUGUAAUACAACACUGGAAGUCACAUAUUUAACAGUAUUUCUGCUAGGCGUGACAAAUCACUGUCAGCAAAUCAAACUUACCCCAAUUUGAUUAAUACCUAGUGAAAGGAGAAUGCACUUGUGAGUGUUGUAUCCAUAAGAACUGUUUCCCUUAUUCCAUUCAGGAGCCAACUCAGAAGUGUCUGUGCUUUAACUGACAAUCAUCUUCAUUUCCUUUGUCUUAGAGCUCUGCCAGAGGAGCUGCAGAAAGUCUUGAGGGUGCAAUUUAGAAUGCUACGUCUUUGCUGCUAAAACUCAUCGCCCCUGGGGCUGAAUCAGAGAAAUGAAGGGUGUAACCAGCUGUGGCUUCUGCACAAGGGCCAGCCUCUGGGCUGAUACUGCAAGUAAAGAUCAGCUUGGCACUGAAACAACAUGGUGUGGGCAACAGGAUGCUGGGGGUGGUAAUCUUCAACAGGAGGGGUGGAGUGAAGGGCAGGUACCAGAGAGUUGUACCUCUACUGUGCUUUGUUCCACUGCUAUAACCAGAAUGUAUUUAGGUACUUCAAGACAGCUCUGCUUAGAGAUGCAUAUCUGACACCAGAUAUAGAGGUGGUCACAUUAAAUUUAUAUUUGUUUUCACUCUGCAUUUCACACUUUAUUGCUCCUCUGAGCUCGCAAGGUGGUUUCCAAAACCAGGCAGAGAGGAAACCAUGAUGCUGUAGCUUUUUUUAUUGAAACUACAGUAAAAUGACAUUACUUAAUCUGGACAAUGGAGAAAAGAGAAUGGAAUGCAAAUGCAGAGCACCUCUGAACUUACAUGUUUUUUAAAUAUUAUAGAUGUAGUAUCUGUAAUAAUUAGCUGUCAAUCCUAAAUAAUUAAUCCUGAACAAGUCCUAAACAAUCAGCAUUAAGAAAUGUGUACUGUUCUGUACUUGUUUGGUGAAAUGUCUUCCUUACCAUCACACAAAAAUAACAUCCAGAACGGCGCCUGCACAACAUGCCUUAAUUGUAACCUCAUUAAGAUCUCUUUCUGUGCAAAAACUUUUCCUUCUUGGCUUCAGUGAGGCCACCUCUCAUGAUUAGUCAGGAGGUGUAAUCAUUAACAAAGGGAUGAAAAUUUUGUCUCUCCUGCUGUUAA